GUACAGCAGUGCAAAGCAGGAAGCGGUUGAAAGCGAGCAGGACCUGCAUGGAGAGGAUAUUUUAGUACUUAAUCGUAAUUAUUCUGACAGACUGGAACCUUUGGACCUGCUGAUACACCUGUGAUACACCUGCGUGUCUGUCCUCGGGGCUGAUGAUGGACCCACCACACACAGACUUCUUCUACUGCUGCGGAGCCGCCACGGAGCUGCUCAGGUUUGGAUCCUGCCCCCUAACCUCUGCACACAAGGUGCUCUUCCUCAUCAUCCCAGGUAACCCAGGUGUGGUGGGCUUCUACAGGACCUUCAUGCAGACGCUCCACAGCAGGUGUGGCUACCAGCACCCGGUGUGGGCCGUAAGCCACGCCGGCCACUGCGCUCCUCCGGCCUCCAUGGACAUGAUCGAAGACGGCGCCUCGGCGGCAGAGGACGACGUGUUCGGUCUGGACGGGCAGGUCGAACACAAGCUGGCUUUCCUCAGGAAUCACGUUCCCAGAGAAACCAGCCUGGUCCUGAUCGGUCACUCCAUCGGCUGCUACAUCAUUCUGGAGAUGAUGAAGAGAAAUCCUGAGCAGAAGGUCCUGAAGGCGCUCCUGCUGUUUCCCACCAUCGAGCGCAUGGCUCAGAGCCCUCAGGGGAAGGUCAUGACCCCCGUGCUGUGUCACAUGCGUUACGUGGUCUACCUGCCCCUCUUCCUGCUCUCGCUGCUGCCCGACAGGCUCAAAGUCGGCCUCAUCAGACUGAUGCUGGGGGGAAUCCGCUCUCUGGACCUCACUGUGGUGCAGCCCACCCUGGGUCUGCUCAGUGGAGACUCUGCAGCCAAUGCCAUGUACCUGGGCGGGCAGGAAAUGAAGAAAGUUCUAAAAAGAGACGACACGACUAUCGGGAAACAUCUCGACAAGCUGAUAUUUUAUUACGGAGCGACUGACCACUGGUGCCCGCUGCAGUAUUAUCACGAGAUCAAGCAGGACUUUCCUCUUGGCGACUUCAGGCUGUGUGAAAACGGCUUCCGUCACGCCUUCGUGCUGGACGCCGGACGCGAAGUCGCCGAAAUGGUGUUUGAAUGGAUCCGUGAAGAUUUAAGGAGCCGAGUUCCCGGUGACCAAAAUGCUUCAUUCAGCGCCUCAGCUGGACGUUUGUAACGAGACCACAGAGCCAAACCAGAGGUUCAUGUUGUCUUUGUGUAAUAAGAUGUGCAGGCGUGGAAGCUGUACAAGUUUGUGCUCAGUGAAAACACUAAACACAGCAUCAGCCUUUAGAGGCCUGUAGCUGUGACCACAUGCAACUCUUAUAUCUUGGCAAAUCAUAUCAGUGUAUGAAUGUGAGCGUGAAUGAAUAGUGGCAUUGUAAAGCGCUAUAUAAAUCCAAUCCAAUCCAUUAUAUAAAAAUGCACAACGAUUGCAUGAGGGCGCUCAUCAUAGAGACCAAACAUUUUUUAAAGUUUUGAAAAUUUACAGUGAAAUUUCAAAGAAGUCCAGAUGAAGCCGCAGAUGUGAGGAACAGUAUUUUUAAUCCAUGUGAAAUAACUGCUGUAAUAUUAACUGUUGUUUAUCAUUUUGGGAAUAAAUGAAAACUUAAUUUA